UGUUCCUUGCCAAGAUGUGGACUAGGAGCGCAGUCUUCUCUUUGGUGGUCGCGAUUGCGGUUGCCGUGGAUCACUAUGACGCGUACUAUCAGUACAAUCUGACCACCGCUGAGUAUGAGAGCUACGUGGCCAAUGGAACUGCGGGCAACUGCACCAUCUCAGUUGAAACUUGCAACUCCACUGAAAGAAGACGCAUCGACGGCACUUGCAACAACCUGAACUAUCCUGCAGCUGGAGCCGCCAGGACACCAUACUAUAGGGUGCUACCCACCAGCUUCAACAUUGUUGAUGAGGAUGAUUACCGCCCAAGGUUGGCUAAGUCUGGCAACGAGCUACCCCUGGCCAGAAAAGUUCGUACCGUAAUGGUCUCUGAGGGAAACGUCCCUGACGCAGAUAUAACCCAUUUAGCUGCCCACAUCCUGGUGUUCUCAGCAACUGACAUCACCAACACAAGGGAUACAACCAACUACGUUUCAUGGAGGCCACACUGCUGUCAAGCAGCUGGAGCAAACGACACCGCCUGCGCCCCCAACUACGUGCCAGCUGAUGACCCAGUGCACCGCUUCUCUGGCAUUCGUUGCUUGAACAUGACAAAGCCACUGACUUACCAGACCUCCGGGUGCUUGCCGAACACAACUGUGCCUUUGAGGAUAGUCGAUGCCACACCCACCUUUGACUUGUCGCCAGUAUACGGCAGCGUAGUCGAGCCCGCCAGGAGGGCAAACACGAGUGGCUUGCUUGUUACUGAGACCAUCAACAACAGAACCUACCCGCCUACAUCUGGAAUAAACCUACUCCUCGGUAUCAACUUCUUCGGCAUCAUUUUCUACUGGCGAUACCACAACCACAUCGCCACCAAGCUCGCUGAAGUCAACCCUUGCUGGACUGAUGACCAACUCUUCUACGCGGCCCGGGAAAUCAACAUCGCUCUUGCACAGCAACACUAUUACUAUGAGCUGAUGCCCAUCCUCAUGGGCUCAGACAAUCUUGUCGCAGACAAUGUCGUUAGUAAGGACUUUGGAUUCAGGGAUUUGUAUGAUGAUAGUCUACUGCCCCAAAUAUCCCUGGAGUACCCUGCUGUAUUGAGAUGGUUGCAUUUGAUUCAAGACGGUUACUUAAAAAUGUACGAUUCUGAAGGACACUAUCUCAGACAAUAUCCGAUUGUCAAUUUGACUGCUCGCAUUGCGUACAUAAAGGAAGACGAUAACAUGGAUGGUAUCACCCAAGGUUGCUUCAGACAAGGAACUGGUAAUACCAAGGACACUAUUGCUGACAAUGAUAUCGUGCAAAAUGGUCUGGGUGCUCUCCAAAAGGCCAAUGACAUUAUGACCAACGACUUGGCCAAACACAGAUACUUCGGGUUCCAACCUUACAUCAAUUACUUGGCGUACUGCAACAAUGACACCAAUAUCACUUCUUUUAACGACUUGUUGACGUUCAUGAGGCCUGAGAGAAUCCAGCAGCUCAAAGAUGCUUAUGAAGACGUAGAAGACAUAGAUUUACUCGCUGGUCUAUGGGCUGAAACGCUCACUGAUGGGACCUACGUUCCUCCCACAUUCUACUGUCUGAUCAAAGAUCAGAUGCUCAGGUCUAUUCAAUCGGAUAGGCAUUGGUACGAGAGGGAAACCAGACCAGACGCUUUUACAGAAGAGCAAAUGUACGAGAUCAGGUACGGAACCGUGGCUCGCAUGAUGUGCGACAUUGGUGACUCUGUCGCGAGCAUCCAACCACAAGCUUUCAAGAUGAUUGGAGAUGACAACGUAGAAGUGAGCUGCGAUGAAAUAAACGAUAUAGAUUACUACGCAUGGCAAGACGCCACGUGUGACGAUGCACCUACCAGGCCAGACAUUACCGAAAGGGUACCACCGGCAUUCUACACUUCAUAAAGAAAAUAUUUAGGAACGUGAUUGUAGCAAUGAAGCUUAUGAACAGCCAAUAAAGAGAAUU